AUGAAUCUAACUUUACUGAUUUUGUUUUCCAUCUUUGGAAUUUCUGCAUGUUCUUCAAACAUUGAGCACCAGCUGUUUGAGAACUACAGCUCCAUGAUAAAACCAAGAAAGAAUAAAAGUGAAUCCGUGCAUGUAAGUUUCUAUUUUUCUAUAAAUUCCGUUCAUGAGGUUGAAGAACGUUUGCAAUAUAUAUCAUUUUUUGGUUGGUGCAAUGUUCAGUGGUACGACGAAUUCCUCACUUGGAAUGAGACUCAACAUUCCGGACUAAAAAUGAUAUCAGUUCCAUAUCAAAAUGUUUGGACUCCAGAUAUUUCCAUGUGGUAUACUGAAGAAAAUGUUCAUGGCUUGGAACCUCAUCCAUAUGUAACUGUGAAUUCUAAUGGUCAUGUGAUAUGGUAUCCUGGCGGGAAAAUUAUACUUUCAUGUGACAUCAAAGUUUCGAGAUUCCCCUUUGAUGAGCAGUGCUGUAAAAUUAUUGUUGGUGCUUGGCAAAUAACUGACUGGGUUCAAAAACUAGUUCCAAAGUCAAGGACAUCCGAUGAUGCAAAUAUCAUUUCUCAGAAUGGAGAAUGGAUAUUUAUGAAAUUUACCUUUACUGAAGUAUACAAUGCAGAAUUUCAUUUAACAACAGUGGUAUACGAACUUCAUUUCAAAAGGAGAUAUCUUUACAUCAUAUUAACUAUAUUCAUUCCCAUAAUAAUACUAGCUGUUCUGAACUCACUGACAUUCUUUGUUCCAGUCCAUUCAGGGGAGAGAAUUACCUAUAGCCUAACGCUUUUUCUGACCUUUACUGUAUUUCUGACCUUAUUCGAGGAAACGAUGCCAAGAAAUUCUACCGAUGUACCAUACCUCACGAUAUACGUAGGAUUCCAUUUACUCCUUUGCGUAAUAAGUACAAUCAUAUCCGUUUUAUUGAAACCUUUCAAAAAACCAAUUAUUCAUCAUGAUCAAUCCCCAAACACUGAAAAACGAACAAAGAAACACGAAAUUAAGAAUGAAAAGAGUUAUAUCAAUGAUAAAUCUUUGGAGAUCAAACCACAUGAUGAAGUGGAAGGGAGAUGUCAUUGUGGAUGUCCUAAGGUUAUAUCUUAUGAACAGAUUGACUCAUUUAUGAUUUUGUUUAAUAUCAGUGUAUUCAUUUCUUCAACGGUAAUAUUAUUCAUGUUUUAUUACAUUUGA